UUAUGUUCAUUCAGAACAACGUGGUGGGUGAAAAGUAAAAAAAAGAAACAGAAUUUCAGUCCAGUCGCCAAAUCAGUACCCUCCUUUUUCAAUGCUCAAAAAGGAAGACCACAUUGCAAUUUCUCCCCUGUCCUGCCCUUAUCUCUGUAUGAACAAAAAAAACAGAGUACUCUGCCUCUGCACUUUCCUCUCUGUCUCUGUCUCCCUCUCCCUCCUAGAAAUCAAAUCCCCAUCUCUGCUUGCCACCUGCAGCAAGUAGUACGCCUUCGAAUCCAUCUCUUACUCCAUCCAAUUCCCUUCCAUUUCUACCCAAUAGCUUAGCUUUAUCUCCUCUUCUCGUCGUACCUUCAAUUACUGCACUCUGCGCCGACGGGGGAAGGAAAACGCUGCUUUAUACGAUGCCGUUUCCGACGUCGACGGCCGUUCUGUUGGCGUUGAGUUGCCUGUCCAUAUUCGUAGAGUUGCAAUCUCUUGCUCAAGUUUCCCCACCUCUACUUCCACCAGAAGAAGUUGAAGCACUUGGGAAGCUGCAGAACACCGGAUGGAAUGUGGAGAGGACUUCCUGCGGCAGCCCUCAGUGGCGCCGCACAAUCGCCGACGACAUCGAAUGCAAUGUUACCUGCGACUGUUCUUAUGGCAGUGGCACCAUUUGUCAUGUCACCAACGUGGUAGUGAAAGGAUUCAAUGUGACUGGAGUUCUGCCACCUGAACUUGGGAACCUGACUCGUCUUACCGAGCUGGAUCUUACUCGCAACUACAUCAAUGGAACCCUCCCUUCGAGUCUUGCACAGCUUCGCAACUUAACGACUCUGUCUCUUUUGGGUAACAGACUAAGUGGAACUAUCCCGUCGCAAAUUGGAAACAUUGCUACUUUGGAGGCACUGGUGUUGGAAGAUAAUCUACUAGGUGGACCAAUUCCAAGAAGCAUUGGGAAUUUGAGAAGAUUGAAGAGACUCCUUCUUUCUGCAAACAAUUUCACGGGCUCGUUACCGGAUAGCUUGGGGAAUUUACAGAACAUAGAAGACUUUAGGAUAGAUGGGAGCAGUCUUUCCGGAAAUCUGCCAGAAUUUAUAGGCAACUGGACCAAUCUUGAUCGACUUGACUUCCAAGGCACGUCAAUGCUGGGUCCUAUUCCUACUGCCGUCUCCAUGCUGACAAACUUGACACAGCUGAGAAUAUCAGAUUUGAGUGGACCAAGUUCAGUUUUCCCUGAUAUUAAGAACCUGACAAAGCUGGAAGAACUGGUACUGAGGAACUGCUUGAUCACUGGUUCAAUCCCAGAUAACUUUGGGGAAAUAACACAGUUAAAAACUUUGGAUUUGAGCUUCAACAGUUUGACAGGUACCAUACCACCCACCCUCCAAAGUUUGGAAAAUCUGCAGUACACGUUUCUGAAUAACAAUUCAUUGACUGGAGAAGUACCUGGUUGGGUAUUGAACAGUAGGGAUAACUUUGACUUGUCUUACAACAAUUUUACCGGGAGAGCUCAACCUAGCUGUCAGCAACUGGACGUGAACUUGGUUUCCAGCUAUUCACCUUCUGCGAGCAACUCGGUACCUUGGUGCUUAAGAAAGGACCUGCCUUGCCCUAGGGAUCCCAAGGAACAUACCUUGUUUCUAAACUGUGGGGGUCCCAGGGAAAGGUUUGAGGAUGAAAACUAUGAAGAAGACCUAACAGCCAAUGGUCGAUCCAACUUUUUCUCAGUAUCAGAAAGAUGGGGUUAUAGUAGUACUGGAAUCUACUUAGGCAAUGUUGAUGCUGAUUAUUUAGCAAGGAACGUUUUCGGCCACAAUGUGACUGGUGUCUAUUCAACUGCACGCCUCGCUCCUCAAUCACUCAAGUACUAUGGCUUGUGCAUGAUCAGAGGAAGUUACACCGUGAAGCUUCAUUUCGCUGAGAUCAUGUACUCCAAUGAUCAGACUUUUAGCAGCCUUGGAAGGCGCAUAUUUGACAUCUCAAUUCAGGGAGAGGUAGUCCGACCGGACUUUGAUAUCAUAACAGAAGCAGGAGGAGUUGGUCGUGGUAUCACCGAGGUUUUCGACAAUGUAACUGUGGAGGGUAACACUUUGGAGAUACACCUCUUCUGGUCUGGGAAAGGCACUACAGCUAUUCCUGAUAGAGGAGUCUAUGGACCUCUCAUUUCUGGCAUAUCGAUAACUCCAAACUUCCAGGUCGAUGAAGGAGGUGGAGGAUUAUCUGGAGGAGCCAUUGCCGGGAUUGUUGUUUCUUCAUUUUUGGUUGUUCUCCUGAUUUGUGUGUUCAUCUUCAUGCGAAGAAGAAGAAAGGAUGAUGGAAAUAGUGCAGAACUACGUGGGCUUGAUCUUCAAACUGGAAUGUUCACAUUAAGACAGAUCAAAUAUGCCACUCAUAACUUUGAUCCUGAAAAUAAGAUUGGAGAAGGAGGUUUUGGCCCGGUCUAUAAGGGUAUGCUAUCAGAUGGAGGUGUGAUUGCAGUGAAGCAGCUCUCGUCCAAAUCGAAACAAGGCAACCGUGAAUUCGUGAACGAGAUAGGGAUGAUAUCUGCAUUGCAACAUCCCAACCUUGUCAAGCUUUAUGGAUGUUGCAUUGAAGGAAACCAGCUCUUGCUUGUGUAUGAAUACUUGGAAAAUAACAGUCUGGCUCGUGCCUUGUUCGGUAAGCAGGAAAACAAGCUGAAGCUGGACUGGCAAACAAGGAAGAAUAUACUGCUGGGAAUUGCAAAGGGAUUGGCUUAUCUUCACGAGGAGUCGAGGCUGAAAAUUGUGCAUAGAGAUAUAAAAGCAACUAAUGUCUUGCUCGAUAAAGAUCUCAAUGCCAAAAUUUCGGAUUUCGGGUUGGCCAAGCUUGAUGAAGGAGAGAACACCCACAUUAGCACAAGAAUUGCUGGAACCAUAGGCUAUAUGGCUCCGGAAUAUGCAAUGAGGGGUUACUUGACGGACAAGGCAGAUGUGUACAGCUUUGGUAUUGUUAUUCUGGAGACCAUGAGUGGAACUAGCAAUACCAACUACAGGCCAAAGGAAGAAUUUGUGUACCUUCUUGAUUGGGCUUAUGUGCUGCAAGAGCAAGGCAACCUGCUAGAGCUAGUUGAUCCAGAACUAGGCAGAAAGUACUCAAAAGAGGAGGCAAGGAAGCUGCUGAACUUAGCUCUGUUGUGCACCAAUCCAUCUCCCACGCUAAGGCCGCCGAUGACCUCUGUUGUUAAGAUGAUGGAAGGGAAAGCUCCUGUGCAAGCUCCAAUCAUCAAGCGAGGUGAGAGUGAUGCCAGUAGCGCAGACGCGAGAUUCAGAGCGUUCCAGACACUGUCGCAGGAUAGCCAUACCAACAUCUCAAACGUGUCGUGGGAGAGCAGCGAUCCAGGUCAGAAGAGCAUAUCGAUGGUUGAUGCACCAUGGACAAUGAAUUCAUCGGCGGUGAGCAAAGAUGACCAUGAUGAUGAUGCUAGCCAUCUCUCCCAACCUUCCUCUUCCACCAGGCUUCUUUAGGAAGGUUACAGAGAGUUCGUUCUUAACUUAAAUCAGUUAAUUUUUACCUCAACCAUCUGUAAUUCGUUCUUUUGUUUGCAAAUGAAAUUUGGUGAAAGAUCGUUAUGGUAUGUACAUGAAGAAAGUUGUUUUAAUCCUUAAAGGUUUGUGUAUGCGAGUGAUCAUUUUGCUAAAAGCAAGAAGAAAUUUAGGUACUCAUUUGUCUUUUGAAGUUGUAAGUGACCAUUUUGCUACAAACCUCAAAAUUGAGAGACCAUUUCAGCUACAUGAUGGGUUAUUUGGAUUUAAGAUAAAAGUCUGUUCGUCUGUAUUCACAUCUUCUGUGGGCUGUAAAUUCUACAGCCAUAUUUACACUGCAGGUUUACACUGUUGAAUGCAACCUUCAAAACUCGACAGCACUGUUUAUCUGCACAGACAAGGCUGGUCGACUAACACCUGAGAGGGGGCUCUCUAGUUUCAAAACGAUCCCGGAACUCCCGACGUUACCAUUCCACUUAGACCUGCCAAUCUAAACUGAUGCAAAUACAGAAGGCUGCUGGACAAACGCACAGCCACAUAUCAGAUUCAGCUGCUCAUUCAGUGAAUGCUGUAGUUCAGCUCGCACGCCAGGAUUGCUACCACCAAACGAAGGGCACAAACUGAACUGAAGUGUUGGUUUCAUCAUAAGACCAGAUCUAUGCCAUGCUAAGUUUUGUGCAAAACCCAAAGAAAAUGACUUGUCGGGCCACUGUAUCGCUGGGGUUAUACGGGUUCCCCACUUGUUCUGGUGAGAGAAGCUAAAUCUCAUUUCACCAGGAUAUUGACCCUGAGCUUGCAGAAGUCCCCCAAAGACCGGUAGAAAAGCACUUGUCGUUAGACCUUCACCAGAUAUGUAAGUUAACUGGCCAUUCGGAAAUUGCAAAUCGACAAACGAACAAGCUAACGGUUUAAGGCAGAGCAUUGACAUCAGCAACCACCUUCUAUGCUUGGACCACACUGCUGGGCAUAAAGAAUGCAUGCCAUUCUUCCUAUCAUAGCCAUACCAAAGCAAGUGCUGCUUUGAUAGAUGAACAGGUAGAAGAAGUGUACUAUCACGAACAAAAAGUACUGGACCAAGUUGAACUAGGAAGAGAGACGAAUUCUCAUUUCCUGAUGUGGAACUGUCAUGUGAUGCCUCCAUUCUCCAUAAAUCACCCCUAGCAACCAUAGAGCUCUCCACAUUGCCAGUUCUGCUCUCAUAAGUUGAUGUAAAAUUUAAGGUUCCCUGAGGCUUACUACCCCCCAUAAGACCAAUGGACUUCAAAUCAAAGGUCCCCAAUUCACCAUCAGCUGUUCCUCCCUCAUCUCCACCAGCUGCUGUACUGAUGUAUCUCCCUUCAUUCUCCACAAACCCAAACUCCUUCAACUUCGUAUUCACCAGGUCCAACUGCCCUUCAACGCUCAAAUUGACAUCACUUCUCCUGCUCUCUAUCCUUACCCCAACCUCCAUACCCUCGUCGUGUUUGAAUGGAACAGGCAACCUCCUGAAGAAUUGCUCCACCAAACCAUUCAAGCCAGCUCCAAAUUCAGCCCCCGCUUGUCCAAUUUUGUUCCCAAUAUCCAGAAUAGCAGAAACCCCAGCGAUCCCAGUGUUUCUGUUAUCCGCCAACACUCCGAAAUCCAUGGACUUACUAAUAAAACUGUGGCCGGGGAACUCGAGAUCGAAGAUCUUCGAUUUGGGAGCGUUCGCCCAUGGAAUCGCGGGUGGGUUCGUCAUAUGCGUGUGGAUAAGACCCGUGAAUCCCUGCGCCAGCCUAUCCGCGAGGUCAUGGCCUUGCCGCUGAACCUCCUCCCACGCUUCGAAUGAUCUCUCCACAGACAUCGCCACAAACAGCAACAAAAAGAUUCAAAGCUUCAUCCGAAAGUUCAAAACUUUAGAAAAAGGAAACGGCAAAGACUGCGAAUUGAGCUGCCAGAAGUGAAGAAGCUGGAAGCAGUACCGCCUGAAGGGAAAGCGAACAAGGGAAAUUAGGGUCUCUUUCGUUUGUCCUAGAGAUGUAUAAAAGCUUUGAGAUUUGGCUAUGGCGGAGAGGAAUUUUGGCUAUCAGACAAGAGGGUUUUCGUCAAAUGGGAAGGACCUCUGUAGAACGAAAAUUGACGGAAUGGGGAAUUGCAACCAAGAGGAGCCCAUGCCCAUCAAUAUCUGCAGAUGUUCAUCUCUAUCCCCUUCCCCCCACAAUUUCCAGCGGCACUCCAUUUUAG